AGCUGAUGGACUUUGGCUAUGCAGCACUACAUGCCUUCAUUCCCCUGCUAGAGCUCAUCACUGACAAAACGAGGUAGAUAAGGAAACAAACGACACACCAAAUCUGCUAACAGGGGAACUGGAGAUCCUGCUCCACCGAGCAGCUUGUGUCCCGGGAGUAAAGGAAUAGCUAAGGAUCCCAAUUCACCUAUGUGAUACCCUUUAAAGGUCCAGGAUUCAGUGGGAACCUCAGGGUAACACCUCUAAGUUGUGAUUCGUUCACUAACAGGCAGUAUCACCUGGUUUUGCACAGAAAUUAGAUGUGGUGCUACGUGCUUCUUUUUGCCAUAGCAUGGACCAUUGGGUGGCUGCUAAGGGACAGGCAGAAGAUUUCAAGAUUCUCCAACAAAUAUGUCUUUAUCUCUGGCUGUGACACUGGCUUUGGCAAUUUGCUUGCAAAGAGACUGAGCCGAAAGGGAUUCCAAGUCCUGGCUGGGUGCCUUACUCAAGCAGGAGCAGAUGACCUACAGAAAGCUUGUCCUACUGGUCUCACGUGCACUUUACUGGAUGUUACCAAUCAGGACAGUAUAAACAAGGCAGUUGAGUGGGUGAAGUCAGAGGUGGGAGACAGAGGUCUCUAUGGGUUAGUUAACAAUGCUGGGAUCGCUAAUCCUAUCGGGCCCACUGAAUGGAUGACCAUACAGGACUAUAGGAAAGUUAUGGAAGUCAAUGCAUUUGGAACCAUUGCUGUCUCUUUGAGCUUUCUGUCACUGAUAAAGAAGGCACAGGGGCGUAUUAUAAACAUGGCCAGCAUCCUUGGAAGGAUUUCAGCUAAUGGAGGAGGGUACUGCGUAUCCAAGUAUGCUGUCGAGGCCUUCUCUGACAGUUUAAGACGGGACAUGCAGCACUUUGGGGUAAGAGUGUGCAUCAUAGAGCCUGGAUUCUUUAAGACGGCUGUGACUAACCUGGAUUCUAUUGAGCGCUCCUUGCAGCUACUCUGGGAUCAGAUGCCGCCUGAGACAAGGAUGACCUAUGGGGACAAGUAUUUCCAACAAUACCUGAAAGUGCAAAGACUCAUCAUGAACUUCAUCUGUGAUCCGGAUAUCUCCAAAGUGCCCAAGUGUAUAGAACAUGCCUUGCAAGCCCGAUACCCACGCACAAGAUACAGUCCAGGCUGGGAUGCCAAGCUGGUGUGGCUACCAGCCUCUUAUAUGCCAGCAUUCAUUACAGACACUGUACUGGCUUUUGUACUUCCCAAACCCAAGCACAGUGUCCAUUAGCAAUACUAUUUAUACACUAUGUUUUAGGAUUUUUAGAGCAGUGUGUAUACUCUGCUUUAGUUAUAUUACAAUCAAAUGGCCAUGGAAAUGCGUAUCCCAUAAUGCAAAGUGAUACCCUGCUGUAUGGCAUGGCAUUAUGUCCUUGGCAAUGGCAGCUGUCUAUUACAUGUGGUGCCAUAGUGGGACAAAAUGCUCAGUGCAAAAAGACAGGUAUAAAACACAUUUUGGAUCUAAUACUUAGAAUGAGGUUAUGUGUAGGCUUGAGAUAUUUCUGUAGUGUGGAAUGAAUGAUCUUGCUCUGGUUCAUUGACCAGGGUGCAGUUUAGUGGCAUCAACAGAGAAAUCACUGAGGCAGAUAUGAGCACCCCAUGCAGUGUAGUGUGGCCUGCCUAUGAAAUGACCCAGCAGAACCCUAUUGGCCACAGGCCUAAAUACAGACAUUUUUCUAUGUUAAAUAGCUUUAACUAUUACUGUGACUUUAUGUUAAUGAAAACUACAUGUUAAAUCACUUAA